UCCGGCGCGCCGCGAGGGCAGCCGGGACGGGUUUUCCUAGCGAGCCGAGGUGUGCUACUGCUGCUGGUGCCGCUGAGCCGGUGCCGCGGCGACGCCCGUGUCCCUGCUGUCUUCCUCGGGCUCCCCGGGGCUUGACCCCCGGGGCUCUCGGCAGGCGUCGGUGAAGAGCCUGCAGAGAGAACCUGUGCUCCCACACCCGCCCUCUACAAUCCCAUAUCACGACUCCGAGGAAGGGGAGAGAGAGGGGCUGUCGCGACUCCGUGCCGUGUGUCGCCGGGCGGGGCCGCGGGGCCGGGGCUCCUCUAGCCCCCGGGAUGCGCGCGCGAGUCCUCGUCUCCACUUCCUUGUUGCCACUGCCACGACUGGAGCCGCCUCUCUCCGACAGCGGGGAGCGCGAGUGCGCUGGCCAGCCCCCCCGUCGAGCCCCCUGGCCGGGCGCCUCCGGGAAUGUGAGCCGCGCGGCUUGCACGCUUCUCCGGCCAUGGAUGCAUCAUAUGAUGGUACUGAGGUAACUGUCGUGAUGGAGGAAAUUGAGGAAGCCUACUGUUACACCUCCCCUGGGCCACCCAAGAAGAAGAAAAAGUAUAAAAUACAUGGAGAAAAGGCCAAGAAACCCAGGUCUGCUUACCUUCUGUACUAUUACGACAUCUACCUGAAAGUGCAGCAGGAGCUCCCCCACCUCCCUCAAUCUGAGAUCAAUAAGAAGAUUAGUGAGAGCUGGAGGCUUCUCAGUGUGGCCGAGAGGAGUUACUACUUGGAGAAAGCCAAACUAGAGAAAGAAGGUUUGGAUCCUAACUCUAAACUCUCUGCACUGACCGCUGUGGUUCCGGACAUCCCAGGUUUCCGCAAGAUCCUCCCUCGCUCAGAUUAUAUCAUCAUCCCCAAGAGCAGCCUGCAGGAGGAGCGGAGCUGCUCUCAGCUAGAGCUGUGUGUGGCCCAGAACCAAAUGUCCCCUAGAGGACCAUCCCUUGUGUCCAACACUGCCUUGGAGACAGUGCCCAGCCAUGCAGGCAUGGCAGAACAAUGUCUGGCUGUGGAGGCCUUAGCUGAGGAUGUGGGAGCCCUUGCCCAGCCAGGUGCUGUACAGGAGAUCACCACCUCAGAGAUCCUCGGCCCGGAUGUGCUCCUAAAUGAGGCUUCCCUGGAGGUAGGGGAGAGCCACCAACCUUACCAGACAAGCCUGGUAAUUGAAGAGACCUUAGUGAAUGGCUCACCAGACCUCCCCACUGGAAGCCUGGCUGUGCCCCACCCCCAGGUUGGGGAGAGCAUGUCAGUGGUAACAGUCAUGAGGGAUUCCAGUGAGAUUAGCUCCUCUGCGCCAGCUGCACAAUUCAUCAUGUUGCCUCUUCCUGCCUACUCGGUUGUGGAGAACCCCACCUCCAUCAAACUGACUACUACGUACACCCGACGGGGCCAUGGGACAUGCACCAGCCCAGGCUGCUCCUUCACAUAUGUCACGAGGCACAAACCACCUAAGUGCCCUACCUGUGGUAACUUCCUAGGAGGGAAGUGGAUCCCAAAGGAAAAGCCAGCCAAAGUCAAAGUGGAAUUGACUUCUGGAGUCUCCUCCAAAGGCUCUGUGGUUAAAAGAAAUCAGCAGCCUCUCACCUCCGAGCAAAAUUCUGCUAAGGAAAACUCUUCCAACCUGACUCUGGAGAACUCAGAAGCUGUAAGCCAGCUCCUAAGUAUAGCUCCUCAAAGAGACGUGGGUGAGGAGAAUGAGUGGGAGGAAGUGAUCAUCUCAGAUGCCCAUGUUUUGGUCAAGGAAACUCCUGGGAAUCGUGGUACAGCAGUCAUUAAGAAGCCAGUGGUCAAGAGUGGUGUGCAGCGUGAGGUCUCUCUGGGGACAACUGAGAAUGACAGUCCUGGACUAGACGUGCCACCACCAGCUGAGGGGACCAGCACCUCCAAUUCACUCCCUGCUCCUAAAAAGCCUACAGGAGUUGACCUGCUUAUUCCUGUGCCCAGAGCCCCAGAGCUUAAAGGCAGAGCACGGGGCAAGCCCUCGUUACUGGCUGCAGCAAGACCCAUGAGAGCAAUUCUUCCAGCCCCAGCUAACGUGGGUCGAGGCAGCAGCAUGGGACUGCCCAGGGCCAGGCAGGCCUUUCCCCUGAGUGAUAAGACACCCUCUGUGAGGACUUGUGGCCUGAAGCCAAGCACGCUGAAGCAGCUGGGCCAGCCCAUCCAACAGCCAUCUAGCACUGGUGAGGUGAAGUUUGAAAUUGAAAACCCUGACAUGGACCACAUUGGAAUAGGAAUAUCAAGUCUGCCAUCUCCCUUGCCGUGUGCUCUCUGUCAGCUACCAAAUGGCCCAGCCAACAGGACAUCUCAGGUGAAAGUUGUAGAGGUCAAGCCUGAUAUGUUUCCUCCAUAUAAGUAUAGCUGCACCGUCACACUGGAUUUGGGCCUGGCUACAUCAAGAGGUCGGGGAAAGUGCAAGAAUCCCUCUUGUAGCUAUGUCUACACCAAUCGGCAUAAACCGCGGAUUUGUCCCAGCUGUGGUUUUAACCUUGCUAAAGACCGGACUGAGAAAACCACCAAGGUUCUCGAGGCGAGCUCACCACUCCCGGAUGUGCUGAGCGCCACAGAGCCCCUGAGCGCAGCCCAGAGGGAGAUCCAGCGCCAGUCAACGCUGCAGCUGCUGCGCAAAGUCCUGCAGAUUCCUGAGAAUGAGUCAGAGCUGGCUGAGGUCUUCGCCUUGAUUCAUGAACUCAAUAGCUCUCGACUCGUCCUGUCCAACGUGAGUGAGGAGACGGUCACCAUCGAGCAGACUUCUUGGUCGAAUUAUUAUGAGUCUCCAUCCACGCAGUGCCUUCUCUGUAGCAGCCCAUUGUUCAAAGGGGGACAAAACUCCCUGGCCGGGCCUCAGGAGUGCUGGCUGCUGACAGCCAGCUGGCUGCAGGUGGUGACUGCCCAGGUGAAGAUGUGUCUGAAUCCCCAUUGUUUGGCCCUGCACAGCUUCAUGGACAUCUAUACAGGUCUCUUUAAUGUGGGAAACAAGCUGCUCGUGAGCCUGGACUUGCUUUUUGCAAUCCGAAACCAGAUCAAGCUGGGAGAGGACCCCAGAGUAUCCAUCAGCACUCUUCUGAAGUCAGUGCAGGAUCAGACAGAGAAGACUCUUACCUCAGAGGAGCUGAGCCAGCUGCAGGAGCUGCUGUGCAACGGCUAUUGGGCUUUUGAGUGCCUCACUGUCCGAGACUACAAUGACAUGAUCUGUGGCAUCUGUGGUGUGGCCCCCAAAGUGGAAGUUGCCCAGAGGAGUGAAGAAAAUGUGCUGGCACUAAAGAGUGUGGAGUUCACCUGGCCUGACUUCUUGGCCUCUAGUGAGGUAAAUGUGGAGGACUUUUGGGCCACGAUGGAGACAGAAGUGAUUGAGCAGGUGGCCUUCCCCGCCAGCAUCCCUAUCACCAAGUUUGAUGCCUCUGUUAUUGCCCCCUUCUUCCCACCACUCAUGAGAGGAGCUGUGGUCGUCAACACUGAGAAAGACAAAAACCUGGAUGUGCAGCCAGUACCUGGCAAUGGCGGUGCCUUGGUACGGCUGCUCCAGGAGGGCACCUGCAAGCUUGAGGAGAUCGGCUCCUACAGCGAGGAGGAGCUGCACUGCCUGUUGAGGCAGUGUGGCAUCCCCUUCGGGGCAGAAGACUCCAGGGACCAGCUCUGCUUCUCCUUGUUGGCCCUCUACGAAUCUGUUCAGAAUGGAGCCAGAGCUCGACAGCCCCCACCUCAUCUCACAGGGGGUAAAAUCUACAAGAUGUGCCCUCAUCAGGUGGUGUGUGGCUCCAAGUAUCUUGUGCGGGGCGAGAGUGCCCUCGACCAUGUGGAUCUGCUCGUCUCCUCCCGCCAUUGGCCUCCUGUUUAUGUGGUCGACAUGGCCACACCAGUGGCCCUGUGUGCUGACCUCUGCUACCCAGAGCUGACCAACCAGAUGUGGGGGAGGAAUCAGGGCUGUUUCUCUAGCCCCACGGAGCCACCUGUGAGCGUGUCCUGCCCAGAACUCUUGGACCAGCAUUAUACGGUGGAUAUGUCGGAGGCUGAGCACUCUGUCCAGCACCCGGUCACCAAGACUGCCACACGGCGCAUCGUCCACGCAGGCACACAGCCCAGUCCUGGCGACCCCAGUGCUGGGCACCACUCCUUGGCCCUGUGUCCUGAGUUGGCGCCCUACGCAGCCAUCCUGUCCUCCUUUGCGGACAGCAAACCAAACAGCGUCCGCCAGCGGCCCAUUGCCUUUGACAAUGCCACCCACUAUUACCUCUACAACCGCCUCAUGGACUUCCUUACCAGUCGCGAGAUUGUCAACCGGCAGAUCCAUGACGUUGUGCAGAGCUGCCAGCCUGGCGAGGUGGUCAUCCGAGACACCCUGUACCGCCUCGGGGUUGCUCAGAUCAAGACGGAGACGGAGGAGGACGCUGAGGAAGAGGAGGUGGCCACAGCUGCAGAGUAAGCCGGGCUCUUGUGCAGGGACCGCACCAUCUCUCUCAAGCCAUAGUAAGGCCCUUGCCCGAGGCAGAUCCAUCCAGGGGACCAGCCUCUGAUGCUGGGACUGACCAAAGAGCUUCCAUUUCCUGAGCACGGUGGAGCCCAGGGUCCUUGGUUCUCAACCUUCUGGGGGUCGGGACAGGCACCAGGACACUCUUUGAGUGGCACCAUAUGUUCAGUAAAGGGGCAGGGAGGCUGAGAGAAGGCAGGUAGCUGCUGGCUUCCCAGGGGUGCCUGUGGGUCGGGGUGGAGGUCCUGGGUGGGCUAAGGCUGCUGAGGUUUCCCUCCCCCCCCCCCCAGGGACACCGUUUCCAGCCCCUGCGGCCUGUUGCCUUUGACUCGGGGCCUUGGGGGCUUCAUUAGCUCCAGGGGUCCUUCUCCCAGAGGAGGAAUGCAUUCCCUCUGCACCCACAUCUGGGAGCAGCUGAGAAAGGGUGAGCCACAACUCUCUUCCAGGCCUAGCCUCCCUGCCCCAAGCUUUGAGGAAGAGGAUCCCCUUCCUCCUUUCCUGGUCACUGCUGCUGCAGCCUGCAUCCUCUCUGGACCCUCAUCACAGAGGGGAUGUGGCCCGUGAGCAUGAUGUAACCUGGGGGCAGUAGGAAAAACUCCCUUCUGUGAAGGGUAAGCAGACUGGGCCAUAAGGAAACAGCAGGACUGGCUCAAGUGCCCAAAGUUUGCUUAGGGCACGGGAAUUGGCCGUGUUAUUUAAUUUAUUGAGAGGAGUGGAAUAGGUGGCUUUUUUCCCCUCCCUCUUCCCCGACCAGAAUAAAGUUUAUUAAAUUAUA